AUGGCUUUACUACCGUUCCUGUUUGUGCUCGUGCAAAGCCUGAUCCAGUACCCCCAGCCGGCUGGGGAUGGGCUGGAUGAGGCCACGCACCGGCGAAUGCAGGAGCGUCAGGAGCUGCUGGACCAUGAGAUGGCUCGGCUGCUGCAGGAGCUGGAGCGGGGGCCCCCAGACAAGGGCUGGGGAGCCAUGCUCUUUGGUGCCCUGCAGCAGUGGCCAUUCUGGGUUCUUGCUGGACUCCUGCUCCUCUUGGGCCUGUGGUUUAGCUGCAGGAGAAGGAGCUGUGAGGCCAGCAGCAGCAGCAGCGAGGACCAGAGCUUCUGCAACACCUCGGGAGAUGACGAGUGGGAAACAGAAGAGGAAGAAGUCUGUGUUGAUUCAGAGGAAGAUGGAGAAAACUCUGAUGUGACUGUGGAGGCUGACGACAGCGGCAGUGGAAAUGACGGAGAAGGCAGUCCUGUGACUGCAGAUGAAGGAGACAACGAUGAUGCCAUUGAAGGCAGUGAUGAUGUGAAGGUGAAGGAAGACAGAGAUGUUAACAGUGACAAUGGCCAUGACUUAACGAAAGAUGAAGGAUGGAGUGAUGGGAAUGUGCCAGGAGACAAUACUGCUGAAGGAGAUGAAGAAGAACCUGGCAACGUUGCUGGAAAGGCAGAAGAUCUGGAUGAAGCAGAUGAAGGAGAAAACAAGGAUGUACAGGUGGAGCAAGACAAGGAUGCUGGACAGGAAGAAGAAGGAGAUGGAAGUGAAGAAAACACCAAUGGUACAAAUCUGAAGGUGGGCAACAAUGAUGAUGUAAAUGAAGGUGAAGACAACAUAAACGGACAGGAAGAAUACAUGGAUGUCAAGGUGCAGGAAAGCAGUGAUGCCAGUGAACUGAGAAGCAGGGAUUGCACUGGGCAGGAAGAUAGCAGUGAACGUGGGAAUGAAGCAGCCCAUGGUGCUUUGGCUAAAACUGAGGAAGAAAAUAAGGAAGUUACAGAAGAUGGCAAUGACAGAAACAAGGAUGAAGAACAGGGUGAUGUGAAUGUGGAGGAAAACAAGAAGGAGGAUAGAAAAGAAGACAAACAAGGUAAUGUGGCUGCCAGUGAAAAUGAAGACAGUGAUGGUGACAAGGAAGAAAACAGCAGUGGUGGAAUUGAAGAUGGAGAAGACACCGAAGAUAUUGGGAAUGAGGGAGCCAUCCUUUUAGUUGACCGUGUAGAGUGGCCUGUUGAGGACCUGGAGAGAGGUUGCUCAGUGACAGCUGAGCUGAUGGAGAGCUUCACGCGUGUCUUUGUGGACAGCGUGAGCAAUAGCUUCUACCCAGUGCCUCAAGAAGCCAUUGGUGUGGGCAGUGCCUUUGAGGGCUGGAGUCCCCGCGAGUGGGAUGGGGUGUACCGUGUGCUGGUCCCACUGAAUCCCCCGCCAGGGCACGCCUUCCACCUAGAGCUGAACAGCGCAGGGCAGAUGGCAGCAAGGACCUUCAGCGUCCGCGUGGAGCUGGUGUGCACGUGCAAGAGGGAGCAGCUGGGCGAGAAGCUGUUGUGCUUCGUGCACGACUCGCAGGAGGAGCUGUGGCGGAAGCACAAGCGCAGCCUCCUAGAGACACUCUGCACCGGCUCCUACCUGGACGUGGAGAAGACCUCCCACUGGUUCCACCAGCUGGUGAGAUGUUCGUGGCUCCAUGUGCCUCAACAUGUGCCUCAUUCAUACUCAUGGCACUUGGUGUUUCAGUCCUGCAGCCGGUCCUGCCAAUUCCAGCUGAGCAAAGGCAAGAAGAGCCUGAUGGUGGAGAUGCUCUUUGGGGUGCGCCAAGGGGACUCCGACAUCUUUGUGGUCAGCCAGCCCACAGAGGCCCAGAAAGGUGGCUCCAUCAACUUUGUGAGCAGUCAGCCUGCCAAGGCCAACAUCAUUGCAAGCACAGCGUGGCCUGAGACGUACGCUGUGGCAGAGGCGAAAUUCUUCCAGCACAUCGCCAGGAAGCUGCCAUGUCAGAGCUUGCAUCUGAAAUGCCUGCAGGUCUUCACCUGCAUCCUGAGGGGCACAGGGUUUUCCAGCUCUACCUGGAAGACUGUGGUCAUGCACGUGCUGACCACAGUACCGGUGUCCCAGUGGCGCAGGCGGGAAUUUGAGCGGCGGCUGUGGGACGUCAUGGCGUACCUGCACCGCUGCCUGCAGUUGAAACGCCUGGAGCACUUUGUGCAAGGCAAUGAGAGGCUUCCUGCAGAGAUCAGCUUGCCGCCGGCAAUGCGAGGGGUUGAGCCGCUCAACCUCUUCGAGCACCUGGCCCGAGAUCCGGCCACCCACAGAGAGGCGAUGCAAGCUUAUGGCCAGCUGCGAUAUCGCCUCUGGAUGAUGCUCUCCAGCCACUGAGAGGAGUUCCCUGCACAGAGCUGUGCUGGGGGCAUCACACCCGAUGGCAGCCACGUGAACUCUGCACAAUUGUUGCAUUUGUCACUGGCAAUCCCGAAGCUGCUUUCCUGCUCCUGCGGAAGGAAGAUGCUGCAGCACGUGGAUUCACUGUGCAGACGCAUCUCGGAGUGGCCUUGUCCUUCACCUUCCAGUUAAAACGGUGACCAAGUCUGCGAGGCAGAAACUGGCUCCACCUGCACAUCCUCAUGGAAGACCGUGAAGCCGAUAGAGGUUGCUUGGAACACCUCGAAGACAGCAACCUUUUAGG